AUUGGGCACAUUUUAUAACGUGUACUCUACAAACAAACAAAUGUAAGCAUCUGCCGUUAGAGAGACACUGGUUACAAAGGCCCUUAACUCAGCGGAAGCAGGCGAAUUAAACUUUGUGAGACCAAAGACUCAGGGACCCUUCGUCUCGUUUGUCCUGGAGAGAGAGCUCGUUCCUCACCACUAUGUCCCAGAAUCAAUCAGCACAGACCGCUGACCUCUUCAGCCAAGAUGUGUUCAAUCAGCUGUUUGAUAUGCUGGACCAAUCCACCAUGCAUUCAGUCCAGCCAAUUGAGCUGAACUUCACCGACAGUUCAACAGAUGGGUCUGCAGGAAACACCAUUCAGAUUAGUAUGGACUGUAUAACGAUGCAUGAGGCAGAUGAGAUGCUUUCUUCGCAGUAUACAAACCUGGGGCUCCUGAAUAGCAUGGAUCAGAACAUCCAGAAUGGCGGUUCAACCUCUACCAGCCCCUACAACAAUGACCAUUCACAGAAUAAUGUGACCGCCCCAUCACCCUACACCCAGCCCAGCUCCACCUUCGAUGCCCUUUCUCCCUCACCUGCCAUCCCUUCCAACACAGACUACGCUGGACCUCACACUUUUGACGUUUCCUUUCAACAAUCUAGCACAGCGAAGUCUGCCACCUGGACGUACUCGACAGAAUUGAAAAAGCUAUACUGCCAGAUUGCCAAGACAUGUCCCAUUCAGAUCAAAGUCCUGACCACCCCACCGCAAGGCGCCGUCAUCAGGGCCAUGCCCGUGUAUAAGAAGGCGGAGCACGUGACCGAGGUGGUGAAGCGCUGCCCGAACCACGAGCUCAGCCGCGAGUUCAAUGACGGCCAGAUCGCUCCGCCGAGCCAUCUGAUCCGCGUGGAGGGAAACAACCAUGCCCAGUAUGUGGAGGAUUCCAUCACUGGGAGACAGAGCGUGCUGGUUCCCUACGAGCCUCCCCAGGUGGGGACAGAAUUCACUACAAUCCUGUACAACUUUAUGUGCAACUCGAGCUGCGUGGGCGGAAUGAACAGGCGCCCAAUUCUCAUCAUCGUCACCCUGGAAACCAGAGAUGGUCAGGUAUUGGGCCGCCGGUGCUUCGAGGCCAGGAUCUGUGCCUGCCCGGGCCGAGACCGCAAGGCGGACGAGGACAGCAUCCGCAAGCAGCACGUAACAGACGCCUCAAAGAGCAGUGACGGUACGAAACGCCCUUUGCGCCAGGUUUCACACGGAAUACAGAUGUCCACCAUCAAGAAGAGAAGAUCUACGGACGAGGAGGUGUUUUGUUUGCCUAUCAAAGGCCGCGAAAUUUACGAGAUUUUGGUAAAGAUCAAAGAGUCUCUGGAGCUUAUGCAGUUUCUUCCUCAACAUACCAUAGAAUCAUACAGACAGCAGCAGCAAAACCUACUUCAGAAACAGACCUCGAUGCCGCCUCAGCCUUCCUUCGGGUCCAGCUCUCCGACUCACGGAAAAGUCAACAAGCUGCCCUCUGUCAGCCAGCUCAUCAACCCCCAGCAGCGUAACACACUCACCCCAUCCAGCAUGUCUGGAGGCCUGACUGACAUGACUCCUAUGAUGGGCACUCACAUCCCCAUGAACGCUGACAUGAGUUCACUGAGCCCCACACACGCACUGCAGCCACAGCUUCCCCUGGUGCCUUCCUCCCACUGUACUCCCCCUCCUCCAUACCCCAUGGACAGCAGCAUCUCCAGCUUCCUUAUACGGCUGGGCUGCGCAGGCUGUUUGGACUACUUCACAGCACAAGGCAUAACCAACAUCUACCAGAUUGAAAAUUAUAACAUGGAGGACCUGUCCAGGCUGAAGAUCCCUGCAGAGUUCCAGCACAUCAUCUGGAAGGGAAUCAUGGAGCACCGACAGGCCAUGGAUUAUUCCCCACCCUCCCACAUAGUGCGCACCACCAGUGGAGCUUCCACCGUCAGUGUGGGCUCCUCCGAGGCCAGGGGUGAGCGCGUCAUUGACGCCGUGCGCUUCACCCUGCGCCAGACCAUCUCCUUCCCACCACGCGACGAGUGGUCUGACUUCUCCUUCGACCUGGAUUCUCGUCGCAAACAGCAGCGUAUCAAGGAGGAGGGAGAGUAAAACGACGCCCCCGUCUCGUUCUCAAUUUCUCAUUUCACGUCUCCUUUGGAACAUUUCAUUCGCAAUCCUGGCAUAAGUGCACAUACUGCUGAGAAAUGCACUUAUCUUCAUUAUUGUUCUGGUCCUUGAUACCGAGGAAAAACUGACGGCGUUGCACAAAUGUUUAUGUUUAUAAUUUCUUGAGAGCACUUGAGAUUAGCAUUGAGGGUUAAUGAUUCAUUCCUGUUAAAGCAUGACUGCAAACAAAUUAGAGGGAUUUCUUUUUGGGUUAUGGUCCAUAGUUACUGUAUUUUAUUUUGUAAUACUUAUGUUUUUACCAUUGUGGUACAAGUACACUGGUUUAUGGCAGGGCUCAGCAUUGAUUGUAUACAUUUCAGAAUAUCAGAAGUAUUAUUUCAGCCAAUGUUUUCUGCUGUAGAUGUAAUAUUUUUUAUGUUUGUUGGGAGACCAAUACCCAUAUCUCUCUAUGUGCCAGGUUUGAAGUAUGCCUCCUAGUGACUGAUGCCAAGUGUGUCUUAUGCAGUGUUAUUAUGACUGAUGAUGAAAACGCUGAUAAAAAAUGUUUUGGUUUAGGGUUACUUCAUUUGAUCACUGACCAAAACAUGGUUAUAAGUGUAUAUACGUUUGUAUAGUUUUUUUUUUUC